UCCCUCAGGGGGUGUUCAUUUUGCAUCAGUGCGUUUAUUUGCUGCCACUUGUAAGCACCUUCAAGGGGCGAGGCGCUUUGUCUGAAGGAGGCUCUUGGCUUGCUGAUGCGCGCAGCGGUUUGUCGCGAGGCUGCGGCCGGGGAAGCAUCCGAGCCUGCGGUAACAGGGCUUCUGUCUUUUUUGCAGAGCCAUGGGCAGCAAGAAGAAAGAAAUUGCCCUGCAGUGGUCGACGUCUAUCAAGGCUGGUGUGGCCCCUGCAAACCCGUGGUGAGCCUCUUCCAGAAGAUGAGGAUCGAGGCUGGCCCGGACCUUCUGCAUUUUGCAUUAGCAGAGGCAGACUGUCUUGAUAUCCUCGAAAAAUACCGAGGGAGGUGUGAGCCGACCUUUCUGUUUUAUGCAGGAGGAGAACUGGUGGCUGUGGUUAGAGGAGUAAAUGCCCCCCUGCUGCAGAAGACCAUCCUAGACCAGCUGGAGGCCGAAAAGGAGGUGCUGGCCGAGGGCAGAGAACGGAAGGUGAUUAAAGACGAGGCUCUUUCUGAUGAAGAUGAACGUUUUUCUCAUGAAAAGGACAACGGUGAAGAAGAGGACGUGGUUUCAGCAGAGAAGACCUGCACCUUGGCAAUCAUUAAACCGGAUGCAGUGGUCCACGGAAAGACUGACGAGAUUAUUAUGAAGAUCCAGGAGGCCGGCUUUGACAUUUUAACAAAUGAAGAGAGAAUUGUGACAGAGGCAGAAAUGCGCCUUUUCUACCAACACAGAGCUGGAGAGGAGGCAUUUGAGAAGCUGGUACAUCACAUGUGCAGUGGACCAAGCCACCUCCUGAUCCUCACCAGGACUGAGGGUGCCGAGGACGUGGUCACUGCCUGGCGAACCCUCAUAGGGCCCUGUGACCCUGAUGUGGCAAGGAAGGAGCAGCCUGACAGUCUCCGCGCUCAGUAUGGCACAGAAAUGCCCUUCAAUGCGGUCCACGGAAGCCGGGAUGGAGACGCCGCCAGCCGAGAGCUGGCAUUGCUCUUCCCCAGUUUUAAGUUUUCAGACGAAGUUCCGGAAGCCCCUCCGGGCCACGAGGCUGAAGGAGCGGUGGGCCCUGCUGAGGCGUGCUGCUGCCUUGAGGACGUGGACUGAUUGACCAGGCGGGCUGCUCUGCCGGGGCCGGGACUGAGGUGAGGCUACGAGACGGAAUGUCAGUGCACUCGUGUCUGCCGCACAGGAGGAAACCUCCAGAACCGGAACUUACUCUUUGAGCACCGAUACUUUUUUGGCUUAGCUAUCUUUCAUGAACAAUAAUAAUAACAGUAUGUACUUUCCUGCCUUAUUAAACAGUAUACAGAACAUA